AAAAAGUUCCAUCCACAUAAUUUUCAUAGUUUUGCAUUUAACAAAAAAAAAACACAUAUCAUUUUCGUCAACAAUCAUAACAUUCAAAAACCAAAGUACACUUCAAACUUGCAUUAAUGGCUUCCACCAUAUGUUCUUCAAUGAAAUUGGAGUUUCAACAAAUUCCCGCCAAAUUUUGUAUUUGAAUUUGGGAUCGGCUGAUAUACAUAGAAUAUGCACUGAUUAACAUCUGGCGGUUAUAAUUAGUUUAAGUGUUUUUUCUAUGGAGAGAAUUUCACAAAAGGAACAUGUUUUAGUUGAUUAUGGUCCACAAAGAUCAUUUGAGGGUUCACCAAGUGAUAUGGACAUGGAUUUUAACGAUGUUUUCGGAGGUCCACCGAGGCGAUUUUCAGUACAAGAAGCAAGAACAAGGCACAGUUUCAAUGAUUCAGUAGAAUCUGAAGAGGAUUCAGCAGGUGUAUCGCGAAAUUCGUGGAAUGGAUUCAAUGAAAAGCCAGUUUUCGGGGAAGAAAAUGCUAACAGGGGGCGGAAUCAAGGUGGUGAUUUCUAUGAUGAUAUAUUUAAAGUUGAGGAAAAAUCUUACAGUUCAAGCCCUGUUCGACCUUUGUCACCAAAAAUUGAAGCUUUUGGUACUUCACUCCCAGCUCAAUUCAGCCUUCCUGCCAAGUUGACGAAAGGCACAGAUCUUCCCACAUUUGCUUCGGGAAGUCAUAGUCCACACAAGAAGCGAGAAAAAGAGAUGAAAAAUGAUGCUCCUGUAUUCUAUCGACAAAGUCCAUUAUCACGUGAAGGUACUGUUAUUGGUGAUGAUUUACGAUUCAUGUCUGAAUCCGAUGAGCGAGAUAUAGGAGGGAAUCUAAAGAAGAACGGAGAAAACAUGGAAGAUUCGAGUAGUGAAUAUCAAUUUCAUUUCUCCAUAUACAAGUGGGCAGGCAAAGGAGUUCCUAUGCUUGUGUCACUGAAGGGAGGGAAGCAUUUCAAGUCUAAAGAGAAGAUAAAUUUUGAAAAAUGUCCUAGCUCCAAUGCAAGGAUGGAGAAAGACAACACGGAUACCAGCUCGCCAUUAGGUGGAAACGUCAACUUCUCCAGGGAUGCAAAUUUUCACUCCUUUAGUACAAGAAGUAAGAAACCUGAGAGCAGUGACAAGGCAAAUGUUACUGUUGGGGAAACUCUCGGCAUUCCAAAGUCAAAAUCUGUUCAGAGUUUUAAAGAUGAUGUUGGAGUUUAUGACACUUUGUUACCAACUGAAAGAGUAGAAGAACCUCAAUUCAGAAAGAAGACAGGUUUAGGUGACGGAAUCCAGAUAGAAAUUACAAAGAACUCGGAAGAAACCAAGAAACAAGAGCUGAAGCCUCUACGUGCAUUUUUAGUUGAUGUGGCUGAUGAAAAAGGCGACGUUAAGAUGGCACAAGAAACAGAAAGGAAGAGUAACACAGUCAAAGCUACGCAAGCAGCAAAAACAAAUGUUAAAGUCAAGGAAAAUGUGAAGAAAAUUGAUGAUGAGGCUGAUAAGAAGUUGAAGAAAGGUGAUGUUGAAGUUAGCGAAAACACACAAAAAAGAGAUUCACAAGCUAAGAGAAAAGGGAAGAGAGGUUCUGAUAAAAAAACUGUAGUAGAUACAGGAGUAAACAGAAGUAGUCUGCCAAGUUCUCCCAUAAGAUCAGCCGAGAAUUCUACUAAAGCUGGAAUUAAAGGAAAGGUUCAAGACUUUGUAAAGAUGUUCAACCAUGAGGUUCAUUCAACGCCCCAAGAAGGCGAUAGUAGAAGUAAAAGCUUUAAAUGGAAAGCUAGCAGCAAUAGGGGAGUUGAAAGUGAAAAGAGUUAUAACAUGCCAAAAGCAAAUGAGAAAGUUCAGUUGCCCACGAUUAACAAGAUGCAAGAUGCAGCCCCUAAUGUAGACAAAAAUCUUAACAAGCAGGAGAAAACAACUAAAUAUUCCCAAAGGAAAACAGAGAUUCCUCAGACUAAAGACUAUUCAGAUCAAAAGGCCGCUCCAUCAACUAAUGAGUCAAGACGAGAUGAUCGAAAAGUCUCAGUUGGAAGCAUGGAUGAUCUCUUUGGUGGAAAUUAUGUGGUGGAAGAAUUAUUUGAAGAUCAGGACACAGCUUCACAAACUAAUGGAAAAUCCGAGGACAACCAAGCUUCAGAUGCUAAAAUUAAGCAAUGGUCACAAGGGAGGAAAGGAAAUAUUCGUUCAUUGCUCUCAACAUUACAAUUAGUUUUAUGGCCUGAUAGCGGAUGGAAGCCUGUGGCUUUAAUGGAUUUAAUGGAAGGAAAUCAAGUGAAGAGGGCAUAUCAGAGAGCGUUACUCUACAUACAUCCAGAUAAACUCCAACAAAAAGGAGCUGCUGCUCACCAGAAAUACAUUGCAGAAAAAGUUUUUGAUAUUCUGCAGGAAGCUUGGGAUCAUUUCAACUUACUUGCUCCUAUGUAACACUCACAUAUGCAAUGUGGUAUCCGAGGAGGCGCGGAAACGAAAAAACUCUAUUCAUCUGUGUACAUACCAGGCAAAUAUGUCAUACAUAUCCACUCCAUACAACAUACCAAAAUCUGGUUUUUCUAUACUUAAACAUAGAAGACAAACUUUUAUCAAAGUUCAUAUAUUCUUUUUUCUACAGCAGAGUUAUGAGUUAGUGGUAGUUGUUACAACAUCUGAAAGUAGGCAGCAGGAAGCUAGCCUUAUUAUACAAAACUACCCUUCCAUAUAGAUCGUCGUGGCAUGAACUUUGUCAAUAGAUUCCUAGCUUC